AUGUCGGAGCUUAAAUUGCAAAUUAUGGUAGUUCCGCUGGAAUUAUCUACAAUUGAAACCCUGGAUAUAAAUGCACUGGAAGUAAAGAAAUUUGUUCAUGUUACAAAUGGUGAUGAGAAAGUAGGUGAGAUGGUAAGCGAGAUACAACAGAGAUUUAGUAAGCUCUACCCAAGUGAGAAUCCAAUUACAAUUUUGAAAUUUCAUGAUCGAAAUUUAUGUCAAGUAGACGUUGAUUUUAAGAUUCUGCAAAUCUUUGAUAAAAACGAUCUUGUUCGAGUUACGGUUGGUGAAACUUUUAAGGAAUCUGGAUUCGUUGACAAUGCAUCGUCGUUGAAAAGAACUUAUGACCAAAUGAAUAGUCAUACAAUCGAAGAAGCUACUCCUUUGAGGGCUACUCCUUUGAGGGCUACCGCUCGCGCAUCGUCAUCGCCUGUAUCGUUAGCGCCGCCACAAUCCUCCUCAAGCUCUGCUUUUGUCAUCCCUGUGAAGAAGAUUAACGAGUCCCCCAGGUCAAAAGAUGGAAGAAGAAUAACAUCAGGUAUGCUUGCUCAGCCACCUACUGCUGAAGGUCCCAGCAACACUAUUUUACUAGACGAAGUUGAUCGCACUAAUUUCAAAUUUCGAGGUGCAGAAGAAGAGGAGGACGACGAGGAUAAUGAUACUGCUGUUUCAAUUGGCACUUCUUCUGAGGAGGAGGAAAAUGUCCCAAUUGGAAGAGCUCCACCAGCAGGGGAUACGAGAACGAUAGCAAAACAUACUAUUCUUAGCUAUUACGAAUCACAAAAGAGGGAAAGAUCUCGAGAAUUGGACAUGCCUCAAUUGAGAACUUUAGAUGAUGACUCUGUAGAAGGACAUCCAAAAGUAGAUACAAAAAAGGGUAGAAAAACAGUUGCUAAAGAACCUUAUACUGCGAAACCUAAGGCUUCGGGCCAGCGAAAAAUAAAAAUACCCGAUCAAGUUACUUCUACUCCCAAAUCAGCAACCAAAUCCAAACCACAAGCCACUCCUUCGUCUAAAAUCUCAAAGGGAAGUAGGUCAUCUUUCCAACCUGUUUCAGCUGCUCGACAAGCUCAACAGCAGCCUCCUCCUAUGCCCACCCCAACCCCGGCAGGUGCUAAAACUCAACCUGGCAGUUUGAAACCGUCAUCGCACCCAAACUCAAUUGCUGAUGAGAAAGUGGCCUACGCGCACCCAAAUGGGGAUGAAGUAGCGGAUGUUGUUUAUGGAGAAACAAGAACUAUGAACUUGCUUGAUAGUCUCAAUACAGAUUUGGAUAAUUUUCGAACCCAACUUAAAAAGUACAAGAAUAAGAAAGAACGUGGUUUUCAAAAGGUACCAAAGUACUUUGCUGUGAGUCCGUAUAAGUGUGAUGGUAUCUACACAGAUAACAUUAUUGAUAUUCGUGUUGAUUUGACCGGUGAACAGGGAUAUGAGGGGAAACUCCCUUAUAAAACCAAGAGCUCUUCUGGAGAAAAUGUAGAAGAGAGAAAAGGCGUUGCUUCAGAAAAUGGAGUCGCGUCCACAACAAACCAAAAGAAGACUGCUGAAAACCCACCAACUACAACAAAGGCAAAGACAAAGGCAAAGGCAAGUGCAAAGGCAAGUGCAAAGGCAAGUGCAAAGACAAAGACAACAGAAACAAAGACAACAACACAUGAUCCGGUAUCGAAAAAAUCGGGGGAAAACUCUGAGAAUCAAACUACUUCUGGACUGGUAUCCCCUUUAGAGGAAAAGACAUUUACUGCAUCGAUUUCUUCCUUAUUGAACAAAACAGAGGAAGAUGCACCAUUUACCCCAUCUUCCGUACCAAACUGGCUGACUCUAAAGAAACCUCCUCCAUAUGUUCCAUCUGCUCCUGACACUGCAAAUAGUCAAUCCAAAGCAGAAACAGAGGCAAAUGGAACAACGAGAUUGACUCAAGAAAAUAAUGACUCUAUGGUAAGAGCUCCCUCGCCAGAAAACAGCAGCGAUGAUGUUAUCGACAUAUCUUCUGGUGACGAUGAUGAUAACGUAUACGACAACUUGAUUGAUUACGACUCCAAUGAAGACGAAGAAGGACUAACCAAAGAAGCAAGACGUAUGAAACGGAAUGAAAAUGUUUUGAUUCCGUUUCCUGCAGCAUCUGUAACCCCAACUAAUGAGGCGGAGUCUCCUACAUUCAACACUAAAAGGCUUUUUGAUAGCUCACCAAAGGAAGUGUCCUCGCAAAAGACUGAUGUGGAUUAUAUACUUGCAAAGAAUGUCACUUUGAAUUCGCCAGGAAAAACGCCAAGUAGAGCAUCGACCCAAGAAAUUGUUUCCCAUUCCCUCGACAGUAAAGAAAAUACAGAAGAUAAACAAUUUGAAAAGAAACUUGGUAAUCCAACAAAUGGUAAGUCAACGUCAUUGGAAACACCAGUGGUUAUGACUAUGGGUAGUUACUUCACUAGCAGUAUCAACAGGCCUAUUAUUCCAAACAUUUUAGGUGAUCGUUUAGAGAGAGAUGAUGGUGGUAGUACCAGUGAUUUGAAGAAGAAAAGUUUUGUUGAUACUGCAUCUUCACCUGAAGCAAAGAAAGAAACAACAUUGAGUCAACGGUCUGAUACUAGCUUUGAGCACAAUGUUCCCGAUUCUCAUAUUGCCGCAGCUUCAGAGUCAGUGAGUCCUCGUCCAUUUGCAAAGAGUAAUGUACAAUCGACGUCAAGUGAAGAGUCGGCUGGUGAAGAAGAAGAAGAAGAAGAAGAAGAGGAGGAGGAAGAGGAAGAAGAAGAAGAAGAAGAGAAAGAAGUUAAUAGACCUCGUUUGGUUGCGUCAGAGCCAUCCAAGGAGAACCCGAUUAUUGAGUCUUCUUCGCAGCGUUCAUCACCCUUGAAUUCAAAGAAAUCAUUGCCAUUCUUGUUAAUGGGUGAAUUCAACAAAACAUCUAUUUCCCCUGUUUCCUCACAAGCAAUGUCCUCUACAAGAGACGCGCUUGGCUUUGUGUCAAACUCAGUUCCAAAAUCAGAUCGGCCUAAAUUAGCCAAACCCGGUUUACCAUCAUUAUCGGAUCUAGAGCUUAGAGGUGUGCCUGAAGUGAAAGAUGCUUCUGGGCCUAAUGGAACUUUGCGAAAUAACGGUAAAGAUGAAGAAGAGAAGAAAGACGAAGACGAAGAGGAAGACGAUGAUGAUGACGAUGAUGAUGACGAUGAUGAUGACGAUGAUGAUGAUGAUGAUGAUGAUGAUGAUGAUGAUGAGUCAUCACUGAGUGAAGAUGAUGAAAAAAAUAGAUCAUUCCUAUCCACCAAAUCUCAAAAAAAAGCAAACAAGAAGAGCAAAGCAAAAAGCAAUUUGUUUACAGGAUUGACAAACUUUUAA